AUGGGCGAACUGCGUGUGUGUAUUGACCCAAAACCGUUGAAUGAGGCCUUGCGUAGAGAGCAUUAUGCGCUACCUACCUUAGAAGACAUUUUGCCGCGUUUGGCCAAAGCUAAGUGUUUCACGAAGGUAGACCUCUCUUCGGCAUUCUGGCACGUGGUUCUAGAUGAUGAAUCCAGUUUCCUUACUACCUUUGCAACACCGUUCGGGCGUUAUCGUUGGCUGCGUUUACCGUUUGGCUUGAAGGUGUCGAGUGAAAUUUUUCAAAAGCGAUUGGUGCAAGCGGUAGACGAUUUAGAUGGUGUAACAUGCGUGGCAGACGAUGUUUUGAUCUAUGGCUCGACAGAAGAAGAGCAUGACGCUAAUCUCCACCGUUUCUUACAGCGUUGUGUGCAAAAGAACAUCAAGCUUAAACGUGAAAAAAUUGAACUUCGGAAAGACGAGGUGAUUUUCCAUGGGCAUUUGCUAACAACACAAGGGGUCAGGGUCGAUCCAGGAAAAAUUAAGGCAAUUCGAGAGAUGCCGCCUCCUAAUGACGUGAAGGGAAUCCAUCGCUUAAACGGUAUGGUGAAUUACUUGAGCCGUUUUAUGCCAAGACUCGCUGAUAUCAUGACGCCGAUCAGGAAGUUAACUCACAAAGGAGUAAAGUGGAGUUGGGGAAAAGAACAGGAAACCGCAUUCGAAACUAUUAAGCACCUCAUCAGCAACGCGCCUGUACUCGGGUAUUACGAUCCAGCGCAGCCUUUGGAGGUACAGUGUGACAGUAGCCAAGACGGAAUAGGUGCUGUUCUCUUACAGAAUGGAAAACCUUUGGAUUUCCGCAGUCGAGCACUCACCGUGACCGAGCAGCGCUAUGCGCAGAUUGAGGAGAUGCUUGCGGUAGUCUAUGCCAUGGAGCGUUUCAACGAUUAUACUUUCGGAAGAAAGACAACGUUGUAUACCGACCACAAACCGCUUGUGUCAAUAGCCAGGAAACCGCUGCACGUCGUUCCUCGUCGCCUUCAGCGUAUGCUUAUCCGGCUUCAAAAGUACGACGUGGAUAUUGUGUAUACGCCUGGUGCACAGAUGUUCAUCGCGGAUACGCUGUCAAGAGCUCAUCUGCCGGUACCCGAGCAUAAUCCGGAAGAGGUCGAAGCAGUAAACUUAGUACAGCACCUGGCAGUGACAGAAGAUCGCCUAAAGGAAAUAAGGCGCCACACAGAGGAAGAUGCAACGCUUUCAGCUUUGCGAGACGUUAUUCUAAAUGGGUGGCCAGAGACAAAGAAGCAGCUACCGAAGGAACUAACACCCUACUUCAAUUUUCGGGAUGAACUCUCUGUCUAUGAUGGUUUGCUGUUCAAGGGAAGCCGUAUUCUGAUUCCGUCAUCGCUCCGAGGAGAAAUGCUGAAAUACGUUCAUCGCGCUCACCUUGGUGCCAACUAUACCAUUAACCGAGCAAGAGAAUUGAUCUUUUGGCCAGGAAUGACGGGUCAAAUAAAAGAUCAUGUAUCGAAUUGUGAGGCGUGCCGUUCACACGAAAUCCGGCAGACGAGGGAACCAAUGAUGCUGCAUGAUGUCCCUGAUCGACCGUGGCAGAAGGUGGCGGUGGAUUUAUUCAGUGAUAACGGGAAAGAUUACUUACUCACGGUGGAUUACUAUAGUGAUUAUUUUGAAAUCGAUCUACUCACCACUACGACCACAGAGGCAGUAAUCAACAAGCUCAGAUGUCAGUUCGCGCGGCACGGUAUACCGGAGGAGCUGGUCUCCGACAAUGGGCCCCAGUUUACCAGCGGUGCGUUCCAGGCGUUCGCAACCAAGUGGGAAUUCGUGCACCAGCAAACCAGCCCAUAUCACAGUCAAUCGAAUGGAAAGGCGGAGUCGGCAGUGAAGCAGGCCAAGCGACUGUUAUCAAAGGCUAGAGCAACUGGCGAGGACCCGUACCUCAUGCUACUGGAGAAUCGCAACACUCCUUCAACGAAUAUCGGUUUGAGCCCAGUGCAGCGCCUAUACAGCCGAAGGACUAGAACUCUGAUACCGGCACCUGCCACACUUUUGCGCCCAGUUUCGCCACAGCACGAACGAUUACAGAACAAUCUGAGACGACGAAUGACCACUCAGAAACGGUACUAUGACCGCGGUGCACGGGUACUACCUGAGCUAACAGUGGGGGAGGAAGUGUGGGUUCAACCAUUACCCGAUAGUCAAGAGCGGUGGAAGAAAGGUGUGGUGACUGCGAGGGUCGGUGCCAGGUCAUACGAAAUAAACGUUGGAGGGAAAACGUUCAGAAGAAAUCGAGUGCAUUUGAGACGACACCGGAGACAACAAUGUGGAUUGGGAGUGGAGUGGCAGAUGGCGUGGGGCAAGGAGACCACGGCCGCAGAUACAGCGAAGACGACGCGGAGUGGCAAGGUGUACGGGGUGGAUAGCAAUAUGGAGGCGCAAGAACACGAAAAAAGGGAGGAUGUGAUGGUAGUAUCAGAUCAGAGUGAGCAGAUGGACCAACCGAGCGAGCCAGACAGCCAAUGGGAGGCGGACGUGACGGAUUCGAUUACUGGACUCGGAUUGGCCGAUAUUCGUGUGAGUGAUUCACCGUUU